AUCAAAACUGCUUUGCUUUUUAAUCUUUUCAUUAAGUUGUUUGUGUCGUCACCUUGUGGUGGUGAUUUUCAAAACUUGUGUAUUAACUUCAAUUAGCAUCGAUCUGUUGUACGUUUUAAAGCGUUUACUGUGUGCAGGGACAUUCAAGUGCGAUAGUUCAUUUAUUGUUAUCGACAACAAAACUAUAAUGUCGGAGCCAAAACCAGAAAACAAUGGUAAUGGUAGUAACGGAGACGAACAAAGGGAGAACGGCGGAGGAGAUGAAGGUGACGCGUGGGGAAGCAGUGAUUCCUCAUACAUACGGCAAGUGGCAAAAAUGCCUGUCGAUAGGAAUGCCGCAUAUUAUAACAUGAACCACAAAAACCGCGGCAUGGCCAUUAUCUUCAACCACGAGCAUUUUGAUAUUCAUAGCCUCAAAUCGCGCACGGGAACGAACGUGGAUAGCGAUAACUUGAGCAAGGUGCUGAAGGCCCUUGGCUUCAGAGUCACAGUUUGCCACAAUCUGAAAUCUGAAGACAUCAAUAGGUACAUACAAGACCUUGCUGGCAUGGAUCACACCGAUAAUGAUUGCUUGCUUAUUGCAGUGCUGAGUCAUGGCGAACUCGGUAUGCUGUAUGCUAAGGAUACUCACUACAAACCAGACAACUUGUGGUACUACUUCACAGCUGAUAAAUGCCCAUCAUUGGCUGGUAAGCCAAAGUUGUUCUUUAUUCAAGCUUGUCAAGGAGAUAAGCUUGAUGGUGGAAUUACUCUAGCAACCUCAAAUCGCACUGAAACUGAUGGCUUGUCCAGUUCAAGUUACAGAAUCCCUAUUCAUGCUGACUUUCUGAUAGUGUUUUCUACAGUGCCCGGGUACUUUUCUUGGCGCAACACUACCCGUGGGUCCUGGUUCAUGCAAGCACUGUGUGAGGAGCUGCGGUAUGCUGGAACUGAUAGAGACAUUUUGACACUGCUAACAUUUGUUUGUCAAAAAGUGGCUCUUGACUAUGAGUCGAACACUCCGGACAUGCCAACUAUGCAUCAACAGAAACAGGUGCCGUGCAUCACCAGUAUGCUGACCAGACUCCUUGUAUUUGGCAAUUAUGUGGAGCCUCCUAAACUAAUUACAAACAUGGGUGGCUUAGAUCCUACCACCACUCUGUUACCUACACCUCUAGAAAUUUCCUUCCAAGGCCUGUGGCAAAGGAAGUUAUUAUUUGGUGCAUUUACCAUAGUUAGAAUGGUAAUGAUUACAUUGUUAUUUACCUGCUUGAAAUGCUUCGAUGCAUACAAUCAUGACAUCCACAGUAGUCAGAAUGCUCCGAAUUAAUUGAUCUGAUAUUUUUAAUAUUUUUAUUGACAAUAACAAUUUCUUAAAUACAGUAAUGCUUUUUUUAAUAUGAUAAUUAUGAAAUUAGGUGCAUUCAAAUGCUAUUUACAUACUUACCUACAACGGGUAAUUUAUUUUCACAUGUACUUUAAGAAAAUUAUUAUAAUGAACAAUGCAACAUUAACAGUAACCCCUACUUAAUUUGUUUCUCCAUAUUAGUUAUGUUAUGUUUUUGUUAAUCUAGGAAAUGUUUAGUUAAAUUUAGUGUUACUUGUGAGUUCCUUUCACAACAAUACUAAAAUAUACCAGUGGCGGGGCAUCAUACAACCUAUGUUAAUUUGGCCUACAAAUUAUGUCCAAAUAGUAAAACCAAAAUUUGGAGUCAACUUCUUAAAGCCUCGCCCCUGAUUAGGUAGUAACUUCACUAAACCUCAUAGCAUUUAAUUUAAUUGUGUGCUAGUUGUGAAUUUUGAAACUGCCACUUGUCAAUUUUGACCAUGUAAUUUAGCCAGAACAGAUAUGCCAUUUUUGUCUCCAUUUGAUUUACUUUUACUUAGUCAAUAACUGUAUGAGCUUAAUUUUAUUUUGUAUUGAAGUUAUAGUUUUUAAGUUAUUUUUCUUUGCAUACCUUGAUUCCAUGAACAAAAUAGUGAAAAUGAGUUUGUUGUCUUUGAUGAAGAGUUGUCAGUUUUGUUUUACUGUAAUUUUAAUAUUCCUUGAAUUGAUCUUUAAAGUGUAAGAAUUCUGCCAUUUUAGUAGUAUAGUAUUUUAUAGUAUAAUAUUUCAUGUAUUCAUAUCAAAGUAUCAUACCAAUGAUGUAAGGGAGAAAAAAUAGAUCAAAAUUAAGUAUUUUAUAGUAGAAAUUUGGCAAUGUUCAGAAUUAUGCUCAAUGUUGGACUGGUGUAUGUGAUAUGAAUUGAACUGAUAAUGUUAGAAUGUGAUAAAAAGUAUUCAAAAUACCUGUGGGGAAAAUAAUUCUAAUGAUAUGCUAUGUGUGAUAUUAUAUGCAUUCUUUUUGUAUGUGCCUUUUAAGACACUUUAAUAUUUGGUAGUUAUGUAAUAAUCAUAAAAACUUUUUACGCACAAUUUCCUCAUAGGGAUUUUAACAAGAGCAUAAUAAUGGAGUAUGUUAGUGAAACUAUUUUUAUACUAUUUGUGUAAGGUUUAUUAAGCAAUAAACUUUUCUUCCAUGAA